UCCGCCCUCGCUGGGCUGGCGCUGGAGCUCGCGUGGAGCCCUUGGUGGCGCCACAGCGGAGCCGCUCCGGAGCGGGCGAAGGCAGCGGCGCCUCGAGCAGGUGCCUCCGCCGCUGAGGAAAAUGGUAUUCGAGUCGCUGGUCGUGGACGUGUUGAACCGCUUCUUGGGGGACUAUGUGGUGAACCUGGACACAUCCCAGCUGUCCCUGGGCAUCUGGUCAGGAGCUGUAGCCCUCAAGAAUCUUGAAAUUAAAGAAAAUGCUUUGAGUCAACUGGAUGUACCAUUUAAAGUUAAAGUUGGUCAUAUAGGUACUCUUAACCUUGUAAUUCCAUGGAAAAACCUUUAUACUCAACCAGUUGUAGCUGUUUUAGAAGAAAUUUAUUUGCUCAUAGUGCCUUCUUCUAGAAUAAAAUACGAUCCUUUAAAAGAAGAAAAACAACUCAUAGAAGCAAAACAGCAGGAAUUAAAAAGGAUAGAAGAAACAAAACAAAAAGUUGAUCAAGAACACCAUCCGGAUGAGAAGCAAGACACUUUUGCAGAAAAACUAGUCACUCAGAUCAUAAAAAAUCUUCAAGUGAAAAUUUCCAACAUUCAUAUCCGUUAUGAAGAUGAUAUUACAAAUCGAGACAAACCACUGUCAUUUGGUGUUUCCCUUCAAAAUCUCAGCAUGCAGACAACUGAUCAAAACUGGGUUCCAUGUUUACAUGAUGAAACUGAGAAAUUAGUUCGUAAGUUAAUUCGAUUGGAUAACCUUUUUGCCUAUUGGAAUGUGAAUUCUCCGAUGUUUUAUCUUUAUGAUUAUGAUGAAUCAUUGUACAGCUUAAAGAAUGGCAUUGUCAAUGAAAAUAUAGUUCCAAGAGGUUAUGAUUUUGUAUUUCGUCCUAUAUCUGCUAAUGCCAAGCUCCAGAUGAAUCGCCGAUCAGAUUUUGACUUUUCUGACCCUAAAAUAAACUUGGAAGUUGAGUUACAUAACAUAGCAAUUGAAUUUAAUAAGCCACAGUAUUUCAGUGUUGUGGAGCUUCUUGAGUCAAUUGACAUGAUGAAACAAAAUCUGCCAUACAGGAAGUUCAGACCUGAUGUGCCUCUUCACUAUCACGCCAAGGAAUGGUGGGGUUAUGCUGUACAUGGUGUUCUUGAAGUAGAUGUUUGCCCCAAAUUACGAAUGUGGUCAUGGAAACAUAUUAGCGAACAUAGACAAAAAAUGAAGCAGUAUAAAGAAUUUUAUAAAAAAAAACUAACAAGUAAGAAGCCAUCUGGUGAAAUUCUCAUGUCUUUGGAGGAAUUGGAGAAAACACUGGAUGUCUUUAAUAUAACUAUAGCUAGACAACAGGCAGAAGUUGAGGUAAAGAAAGCUGGGCACAGGAUUUAUAAAGAAGGAGUAAAAGAUCCAGAAGAUAAGAAAGGGUGGUUUAACUGGCUGUGGACUUGGUCAGAAUCAAAAACCAAGCAGACCAAACAGCAACCAGAUGUUAAACCUGGAAUUCUUGAAGAAAUGUUGACACCUGAAGAAAAAGUUUUACUCUAUGAAGCCAUUGGGUACAGUGAAACAGCAGUUGAUCCAACUUUGCCAAAAACAUUUGAAGCCAUGAAGAUUUUCAUUCACUUGAAAAGUAUGUCGGUUGUUCUAAGAGAAAGUCACCAAACACCUGAGCUCAUAGACAUUAUAGUAGAAGAAUUUAGUACUUCGAUUGUGCAAAGACCAGGAGCACAAGCAAUAAAAUUUGAAACCAAAAUUGAUUCAUUUCAUGUUACUGGUUUACCAGUUAAUUCUAAAAAACCCCACCUUCUGACUUCAUUGGAUGAUGUGUCACUCUUCCAAAUUAUAUUUGAGAUAAACCCAUUAGAUGAAACUGUUGCCCAGAGGUGUAUCCUGGAAGCUGAACCAUUAGAAAUAAUAUAUGAUGCAAGGACGGUGAAUAGUAUAGUGGAAUUCUUCAGACCUCCUAAAGAAGUACAUCUAGCACAGCUUACUUCAGCAACUUUGACAAAACUUGAAGAAUUUCGAGAUAAGACAGCAACAGGUCUGCUGUAUAUUAUUGAAACACAGAAAGUUCUUGAUCUCAGAAUUAAUUUGAAGGCUUCGUAUAUUAUUGUCCCACAAGAUGGAGUUUUCAGCCCUACAUCAAAUCUACUUCUUUUGGAUCUUGGUCAUCUAAAGGUGACAAGUAAAAGUCGUUUGGAACUACCAGAUGUGAAGCAAGGUGGACCCAACCUUGAAGAGAUAAGGCAUAGAGCUUACGAUUCCUUUGAUGUUCAGCUUACAAGCAUACAACUGCUUUAUAGUAGAAUAGGUGAGAAUUGGAAAGAAGCGCGAAAACUUAAUGUAUCUACACAGCAUAUUUUGGUACCCAUGCAUGUCAAUGUGGAACUCUCUAAGGCAAUGGUUUUCAUGGAUAUUAAAAUGCCCAAAUUCAAGAUUUCUGGAAAGUUACCUCUUGUUUCCAUGCGAGUCUCAGAUAAAAAACUACAAGGGAUUAUGGAAUUGGUUGAAAGCAUUCCAAAACCUGAACCUGUAACUGAUAUAUCUGCACCUGUCAAAUCAUUUCAGGUUCAGACAUCUGCCUCUUUGGGAACAUCACAGAUUGCACAGAAAAUAAUUCCCCUCCUGGAACUUCCAUGUGUUACUGAAGAUGACUCAGAGGAAGAAUUUUUUGAUGCACCAUGUAGCCCCCUGGAAGCACCUCCUCAGCUUCUAACUAGAGCUAAAAGUGUUCAACAAAAGAAGUUAGAAAAGCAAGACUGUCCAGUAAAUCUGACUCAGUUUAAAAUACGAUUUGAAGUAGAAGAGGUUUUGAUCCAAUUUUAUCACCUUGAAGGAGAUUGUGAACUACCUGUGGUAGAAAUUGAUGUUUUAAAAUCAGGCAUGGAAGUUGAAAUUAGAACAUUUGAUUUGAAAGCAAAUGCCUUUUUGAAAGAAUUCUGCUUAAAAUGUCCAGAAUUCGUUGAUGAAAAUAAAAAACCAGUAUAUUUGGCCACAACACUGGAUAACACAAUGGAAGAUCUGUUAACACUGGAAUAUAUGAAGGCUGAAAAAAAUGCACCUAACUUGAAAACUACCUAUAGCAAUGUUUUACAGCUGAUCAAGGUGAAUUUUUCCUCUUUGGAUAUUCACUUACAUACUGAAGCACUUCUGAAUACAAUAAAUUUUUUAAAUAAAAUCCUUCCACCCUCCGUGGAAAAAUCAGCAUCAGUGCCUAUUGUGGAAACUGGAGACAAAGGAGAAGUUAUUAAAAAAUUAGCUUUCAAGCAGUCCAUGAAUGAAGAUGUUAUUACCUUGCAGAUUUUAGCAGAAUUAUCAUGUUUACAGAUUUUUAUUCAAGAACAGAAACGUAACAUUUCUGAAAUUAAAAUUGAAGGGCUUGAUUCUGAGGUGAUUAUGAGGCCUUCAGUAACUGAAAUAAAUGCAAAGCUAAGGAAUAUAACUGUUUUGGAUUCAGAUACAAUGGCUGUGUACAAAAAGGCUGUUUAUAUCACUGGAAAAGAAGUUUUCAGCUUCAAAAUGAUUUCUUACAUAGAUGCAACUGCUGGUUCUGCAUAUACAGAUAUGAACGUGGUAGACCUUCAGGUUAAUUUAACUGUUGGUUGCAUUGAAGUUGUUUUUGUCACAAAAUUUCUGUAUUCUAUAUUGGCUUUUGUAGAUAAUUUUCAAGCAGCUAAAGAAGCCUUGGCUGAAGCAACUGUACAGGCAGCAGGUAUGGCUGCUACUGGCGUAAAAGAACUGGCACAAAGGAGUUCAAGAUUAGCACUCGAUGUUAAGAUCAAAGCCCCGGUGGUGGUCAUCCCACAGUCUCCAGAUUCAGCAAAUAUUUUUGUAGCUGAUUUUGGAUUAAUUACAAUGACCAAUAAAUUCAUUAUGGUGACACAGAGCCAGAGCAAUCCUCCACCUGUUAUUGACCUGAUAACAAUAAAGCUGAGUGAAAUGAGACUUUAUAGGUCUCAGUUUAUUAAUGGUGGAUACCAAGAAGUACUGGAUCUACUACUGCCAUUGAAUCUUGAAGUGGUUGUUGAGCGAAAUUUAUCCUGGAAUUGGUACCAGGAAGUUCCUUGUUUUAAUGUAAAUGCUCAGUUAAAGCCCAUGGAGUUUAUUCUUAGUCAAGAAGAUAUAACAACUAUUUUUAAAACAUUGUAUGGAAAUAUAUGGUAUCAAGAAGAUGUAAUUGCUUCAUCUGCUGUCACUAAAGACCAAAGUAGUAGUACCAGUGGAGUCACUAAUGAGUCACACCAUUCAGGAGUUCUGGAAGCUGGAAUUGGUCAUAGGACAGUGCCUAUGCUCUUAGCAAAGUCAUGUUUUUCAGGCGAAGGCAAAAACUGGAGCACAUUAAUAAAUCUCCAUUGUCAGCUUGAGCUAGAAGUUCAUUAUUAUAAUGAAAUGUUUGGUGUAUGGGAACCUUUGCUGGAACCUUUAGAAAUAGAUCAAACUGAGGAUUUUAGACCAUGGAAUCUUGGAAUCAAGGCUUCCUUUUCAGAUGUUCGUGAUCCUUCCCUACAGCUUGCUGAGUUUAAGUUGGAAAAUAUUAUAAGUACUUUAAAAAUGUAUACAGAUGACUCUACAGUUUCUUCUUUCUCAUUAAAAAAUUGUAUUUUAGAUGACAAAAGACCUCAUGUCAAGAAAGCAACUCCUAGAAUGAUAGGCCUGACUGUUGGGUUUGACAAAAAGGACAUGAUGGAUGUAAAGUAUAGGAGAGUCAGAGAUGGUUCUGUGACUGAUGCAGUCUUUCAAGAAAUGUAUAUUUGUGCAAGUGUGGAGUUUCUGAUGACUGUUGCAAAUGUAUUUUUUGAGGCCUAUACCACAGGCACUACUGUAGAAACCAGUGUUCAAACGUGGGCCACAAAGGAAGAAGUACCUGUACAGGAAUCAGAGAAAUGGGAGAUUAACAUUCUUAUUAAAAAUCCAGAAAUUGUAUUUGUGGCAGACAUGACAAGUAAUGAUGCUCCUGCCUUAGUCAUUACAACACAGUGUGAAAUUUGCUGUAAAGGUGACCUUGAAAACAGUACAGUGACUGCUGCCAUUAAAGACCUCCAAGUCAGAGCCUGCCCAUUUCUUCCAGUCAAGAGAAAAGGCAAAGUUGCUACUGUGAGUUUACUAUUAUCUAUGAAAAAGAAACCCAAAAAGGCCAUUGUUGAGUCAGAUACUGAAGAAGAAAACUACAAAGUGCCAGAGUAUAAAACUGUCAUCAGUUUCUAUUCAAAAGAUCAAUUAAACAUUACAUUAUCCAAAUGUGGCCUUGUAAUGUUAAAUAAUUUAGUCAAGGCAUUUACAGAAGCUGCUACUGGAUCUUCAACUGUCUUCAUAAGGGAUCUAGCACCAUUUAUAAUUUUGAAUUCUCUUGGAGUUACUAUAUCAGUUUCACCAAGUGAUGCUUUUAAUGUACUCAGUGUUCCUAUGGCAAAAUCAUAUACAUUGAAAAAUGAAGAGAGUUUAAGUAUGGAUUAUGUAGGAACUAAGGACAACGAUCAUUUCAGUGCAAUGACCAGUUUAAGCAGCAAACUCUUCUUCAUUCUUCUUACACCUGUUAACCAUUCUACUGCUGAUAAAAUUCCUUUAACAAAAGUGGGACGACGUCUGUAUACUGUAAGACACAGAGAAUCUGGAGUUGAAAGAUCUAUUGUUUGUCAAAUUGAUGCAGUGGAAGGAAGUAAGAAAAUAACAAUCCGCUCACCUGUGCAGAUUAGAAAUCAUUUUUCAGUCCCAAUUUCUGUUUAUGAAGGAGACACUUUAUUGGGAAUUGCUUCACCUGAGAAUGAAUUCAACAUCCCAUUAGCAUCUUACAGAUCAUUUCUUUUUCUGAAGCCAGAAGAUGAGGACUAUCAGCUGUGUGAAGGAACUGACUUUGAAGAAAUUAUAAAAAAUGAUCAAGUUGUUCUAAAGAAGAAAUGUAGAUCUGUAAACCCUUCUAAGAAAUCAUUUAUUAUUAAUAUUGUUCCUGAAAAAGAUAAUUUGACAUCUCUAUCAGUAUAUUCAGAAGAUGGUUGGGACCUACCAUACAUAAUGCACUUAUGGCCACCAAUCCUACUCCAGAAUCUUCUUCCUUACAAAAUUGCUUAUUAUCUAGAGGGGAUUGAAAAUACAGUUUUUACUCUGAAUGAAGGGCAGUCAGCCCAGAUUUGUGCUGUACAAAUGGACAAAGCCAGACUACAUUUAAAAUUACUUGAUUAUCUUAAUCAUGAUUGGAAAGGUGAAUAUCGCAUAAGAUCUAAUCAAGAAGACAUUAGUUUCAUCACUUUUACCUGUGUUACAGAAAUGGAAAAGACUGACUUAGAUAUUGCCAUCCACAUGACUUACAAUACUGGUCAGACUGUGGUGGCAUUUCAUAGUCCAUAUUGGAUGGUCAAUAAAACUGGUCGAAUGUUACAGUACAAAGCAGAUGGAAUUCAUCGAAAGCAUCCACCUAAUUAUAAAAAGCCAGUUCUCUUUUCUUUUCAGCCAAGUCACUUUUUUAAUAACAAUAAGGUUCAGCUUAUGGUAACUGAUAGUGAAUUGUCAGAUCAAUUUUCAAUUGACACUGUUGGUAGUCAUGGAGCCGUUAAAUGUAAAGGCCCACAAAUGGAUUAUCAAGUUGGUGUCACUAUAGACCUCAGUAGUUUCAACAUUACAAGAAUUGUGACAUUUACUCCUUUUUAUAUGAUUAAAAACAAAAGCAAAUAUCAUAUAUCAGUGGCUGAAGAGGGACUUAAUAAAUGGCUUUCUCUUGAUUUGGAGAAGUGUAUCCCCUUUUGGCCUGAGGAUGCUUCCAAUAAACUUCUUAUUCAAGUUGAAAACAAUGAAGGUCCUCCCAAAAGGAUAUAUUUUAACAAGCAAGAAAAUUGUGUUUUAUUGCAUCUGAAUGAUGAGCUUGGAGGUAUUAUAGCAGAAGUUAAUUUAGCUGAACAUUCUACAGUUAUUACAUUUUCAGAUUAUCAUGAUGGAGCAGCACCAUUCCUAUUAAUAAAUCACACAAGUAAUGACCUUGUUCAGUACAAACAAAGCUCUCUUAGUGAGAUAGAAGACUCUCUUCCUCCCGGAAAAGCAGUGUUUUAUACAUGGGCUGAUCCAGUGGGCUCCAGAAAGCUGAAGUGGAGUUGUGGAAAAAGCUAUGGUGAAGUAACACAAACAGAUGAUAUGAUGACAGCUAUAAAUUUAGGAAAGAAGACAAUUUUUUUAGUUUCAUUCUUUGAAGGCCUGCAACGUAUUAUAUUAUUCACUGAAGAUUCAAAGGUGUUUAAAGCAACAUAUGAAAGUGAGAAAGCAGAGUUAGCAGAGCAAGAAAUUACGCUGGCAUUACAAGAUGUUGGAAUUUCUCUUGUGAACAAUUACACAAAGCAAGAAGUGGCCUACAUAGGGAUUACGAGUUCUGAUGUAGUUUGGGAGACAAAGCACAAGAAGAAGGCAAGAUGGAAGCCAAUGAGUGUGAAGCACACUGACAAGUUGGAGAAAGAAUUUAAGGACUAUACUGAAUCUUCACCUGUAGAAGAUAAAAUUAUUGAAUUGGACACCAACGUUGUGGUUCGCUUAACACCUAGUGGUAACAGCAUGAAAAUCCUGCAACCACAUGUAAUAGCUCUCCGAAGAAAUUAUCUUCCAGCAUUAAAAGUUGAAUAUAGCACAUCUGCACAUCAGUCAUCAUUUCGAAUUCAGAUUUACAGAAUACAGAUCCAAAACCAGAUUCAUGGUGCUAUUUUUCCAUUCGUGUUUUAUCCUAUUAGACCUCCAAAGUCUGUUACCAUGGACUCAGCACCAAAGCCCUUUACAGAUGUCAGUAUUGUCAUGAGAUCUGCAGGACAUUCCCAGAUAUCACGUAUUAAGUAUUUCAAAGUAUUGAUUCAAGAAAUGGAUCUCAGGUUAGAUCUUGGAUUUGUCUAUGCUUUAGCAGACCUCAUGUCAGAAAAUGAAGUGACUGAGGAAACAGAGGCUGGACUCUUCCAUAAAGAUAUUGAAGCUUUUGAAGAAGAGUAUGAAACAGUUUCAUUAGUAGACCAAUCACAAGUUAGUCUCUAUGAAUAUUUUCACAUAUCUCCUAUCAAGUUGCAUCUAAGUGUUUCACUGAGUUCAGGUGGAGAAGAAGCUAAAGAUUCAGAACAACGUGGAGGCCUGAUUCCAUUUCAUUCUUUGAAUCUUUUGCUGAAGAGUAUUGGUGCUACUCUUACAGAUGUCCAAGAUGUAGUUUUUAAGCUUGCCUUUUUUGAACUCAACUAUCAGUUUCAUACGACAUCUCAACUACAGUCUGAAGUAAUAAAACACUAUUCAAAACAGGCCAUUAAGCAGAUGUAUGUACUCAUUCUCGGCCUUGAUGUUUUGGGAAAUCCCUUUGGCUUAAUUAGGGAAUUUUCAGAAGGUGUAGAGGCAUUUUUUUAUGAACCUUACCAGGGAGCCAUCCAGGGUCCUGAAGAGUUUGUGGAGGGAAUGGCACUAGGACUGAAGGCCCUUGUUGGGGGAGCUGUGGGUGGAUUGGCUGGUGCUGCCUCAAAAAUCACAGGUGCUAUGGCUAAAGGUGUAGCAGCUAUCACAAUGGAUGAAGAUUACCAGCAGAAAAGAAGAGAAGCCAUGAACAGGCAGCCAACUGGUUUUAGAGAAGGGAUCACUCGUGGAGGAAAAGGCUUGGUUUCUGGUUUUGUAAGUGGCAUUACAGGAAUUGUUACAAAACCAAUCAAAGGGGCUCAGAAAGAAGGAGCAGCUGGUUUCUUCAAAGGUGUUGGAAAAGGUUUAGUUGGAGCAGUGGCCAGGCCAACUGGAGGCAUCAUAGACAUGGCCAGUAGUACAUUUCAGGGAAUAAAAAGAGCUACAGAGACUUAUGAAGUGGAGAGUCUACGACCACCUCGGUUCUUUAAUGAAGAUGGAGUAAUCAGGCCUUACAGGUUGAGGGAUGGUACUGGAAAUCAAAUGCUACAGGUCAUGGAAAAUGGAAGAUUUGCAAAAUACAAAUAUUUUACCCAUGUCAUGAUCAAUAAAACAGAUAUGUUCAUGAUAACUAGACGUGGUGUAUUAUUUGUAACAAAGGGAACAUUUGGACAACUUACAUGCGAGUGGCAGUAUAGUUUUGAUGAAUUUACCAAAGAACCAUUCAUUGUUCAUGGGAGAAGAUUGCGUAUCGAAGCAAAGGAACGGGUGAAGUCUGUAUUCCAUGCCCGAGAGUUUGGAAAAAUAAUUAACUUCAAAACCCCAGAGGAUGCUAGGUGGAUCCUUACAAAGCUAGAAGAAGCAAGAGAACCUUCUCCAAGCCUCUGAGAGUACUGCCACAAGACACAACAGCCAUUACUCCUUUGCACACUGUACCUUCCAGCACCUUUUCAAGAAGUCUAUCAGGGGUAACUUCUAAAUGCAUAGUCAGACCAGGUAAAAGAGCAAUGUGAUUAAAAUACUUCAACUCUUCAGAGAUCUAUUCAGUGCCCUAGUUUGAAUCAUGUAUGUGGUUAUAUUACUACUUCAUAAAAGAAAACAUUUGAUGAAGGUUAUUCUGUCAUGUGGAGAGGUUCCCCAUAGUCUCCAGAUGGAAUAAAGCUUGAUGUUCCCAGUUCAUAUUUUAAAAUUGUAUCAAGGGGGCCGGGGAGAUGGCUCAGUGGAAUAAGUGCUUCCCUGGCAAGCACAGGGGCCUGAGUUCAGUCCUCAGUUCUGAAAAAAAAUAAAUUUGUACCAAAUUCAGAUUUUUUGAAUGAUGGGGAAAUAAUUAAGAUGUUGCCUCAGCAGUGUCAAAUGCUGACUUACUCAGAAGUAUGGAAUCUUUAUAAAUGAGUAUUUUGGUAUUUUCCUUUUUAAAAAAAAAAGAGUUUUGAAUUAUACUUAAAAUAGAAGUAGCAUAAUUAUGAAAAACUGUCUCUUUUGAGAUUGAACACAGAAUAAUACCCUUUCAAGCCUAACUAACCUUCAGAAUAUUUUAAAUGAACAUCAUAUCUGUAAAGGGAUACAGAAACAUAUCAGAAAUGUAGAGCCUUAGAAAUACUCCAAGCCAACUUCAUGAGGUCUAUUUGGUUUAUCCUGUUCAUAUUUUUAAUAGACUAUUUCAAAGGAAACCUUGUAAAGCCUUAAUGCCCACUCUUUGUUCACUGGUAAGAAAUGAAAAUUUCCACAUCUUAGAUACAAUGAGUUAUGCUUUAGAGCAGAUAGUCCCUGUCAUAGUAAACGUAUGAACCCUAACCUAACCCAGUAACCUGCCUGUUGGUGAUGCAAAAAUUUGAUUUUAUGUAAUCAAAUGAGAAUUACUUCUUUAAAUGUACAGCUUAUCCAAAAAUUAUGGCCUGUACAUUAGUUAAAAGCCCAUGGAGGUUUUUUCUUGACUUUUGUCCAAGAUCUUUGCACCUUAAUAUUUAAAAUGUAAAAGGAUGAGUAUAUAACUGUAAACUAUGAACAGAAUAGUUCAGUGUCUUAAUUAGUUACUAAGAAAGAGCAUUUGGAUGCAUGUUAGAUGUCUCACCAAGUUAUUACAGUUUCUGGAAUUGAAGACUGUGUGUGUAGUCAGUGGUUGUAAAACUCUCAUCAAACCUUUGCUUUGUUAUAAAAGCUAAAAUAAACAGCAUGGCAGACUGUAACUGCAAUUUUUGUUGACCAAAUCCUAUUGUGUACUAUCCAUUUCUCUUAUUACAAAAUGUCAUAGUUUCCUGUAAGUUGCUUUUAUUUUUGAUUAUAAAUUAAAUCCACAAAUUACAUGAUAGUGUGACUCCUUAAUAACCUUUAUUUGGUAUAGUAUUUCCUGUAUUCUUGAGCUUCUACCAAUUUCAUACCUCAAAAUGUAACCUAAAAAUGUAAAAGAUGUGUGCUUGAUUUCCCUCAUCUGGAAUACUGCUUUCCUGGAGUUCCACUCAAUGAAUGCCCUUAGUCAAAUACCUCAUCAACCAUCGAGCUUCAUGAUUUCAACAUUCAGAAAAAUUAAGAGCCAGAACUCCCUGACUAUCCCACAGUGAAAUAAAAAUGUGAAAUAGUAAGCACAGAAAUUCUGGAAUCCUGUGACAGCCAAGAAGACUGUCUUACCCAGUAUACACACAAAGCCAGUGUGCCUCUUCUUUGUGUCCCCUUAAGAAUGCAGAAACUCAUCACCUCCUCCUCCUCUGUCAGUCACCUUUCUGUCAUAUCCUGUUACUUUAAAGGAACCACAGUUUCAAGAACUGUUAUUUACCAAGUAUUUUAGAAGACUGUCUCCAUCCAAAGGACCACAAAAACUAAGAACAUUAAUCCCUAGAUGGUGAAUCUUUGGCAUAUCAUUUUACAAUUUGCAAUUAUGUUUGAUUCAGUAUUUUUUUUCAUAUAAUGGAGUUUGGAACCUUACUGUAUUUGGAAACAAAUCCUGAACUGCAGUGUGUGUACUGCUUUUAGCUUUUUUUUUU